UUGAGAAGCUGCGAAGUCAAGCUGCAACUGUUGUUGACAUGGCAUCUCAACUGAACGAAUCUUCGGACAGUUUGUUAGAAGCAAUUGUGAUGUCUGAGAUCACAAGUAUUUGUCAGCUUAGUGAAGAGUAUCAGGCCAGAGGCAUCACCGGAGUCUGUCAGCUCUUGCGUAAAGUCGUUCUGCCAAACGUAGGAUCAAGCUGGCUUUCGAUGCAAAAGACAUCGAGGGACCUUUUUGAUAAGAUUUCAGAGUUUAACAUCACAGAAGCCAAAAAACUUCAACAGCAUGAUGAGCCUAAGCUUUUCAAACCAUCUUCUGAACAUACAGCACUCUGGGAAAUGGUGAAGGUGGUAGAUGCCAAUGAUAGUGAUACAAGCUAUUUUGGAGAAUGCAUGUCUGCCACGGCGAGGUGGAUUCGAGACUACAGUGGUAGUUCGCAAUCAGAACGAACUGUGGAUAUGUACAUCAUUGGCCCAUUCUCCAAAACUCCACAAGUCAAAUAUCUGUAUGGUGAAAACCGAUUGGAGGCCGAUCGGAGCGAAAAAGCGGGACGAUCUGAGUCAUCCAGAGUGGGAAAAGCCUGUGAUUACAUAUUUCUUUCUCAUGACCGAGAGUCAGGCAUCGGAGAAAAUUCUGGACCACAGUGUAAAGAUCAUGUGGACAAAGCAACCACAGACUUUGUUGAUGUCAUCAAAGUUGCAAGAUCUCAACACAUUGCAAUAGGGACAGCAUGCAUUGAAGCCAGUGGUGUCAGUCCUCUUCCAGUGAUGGUGCAGAAUGCAUUGUAUGAGGUUUCAAUACCUUUCUUUCAGGUUAUUGGCUCUCGCAUCAGGUUCUAUCUUCUUCUCAAUGUGGACGGAGACAUAUUUGCUUUUUUCGAAUGGGCUUCAGAAAAGCUGCCUAUUAGAGAAACUGAUGUUGAUGAGCUCACAUGUCUGUGCAGAAGGUUUCUCACUCACAGGAAUCUCCUUAAUCAUACAGGGAAAAUGAGUGAGCUAGCAAUUAAAAAAGCAAAGCGUUGUCGAUCAAUGAAAACUUUGCCUCCGGCUACCAUGUGUCAAACGAGCAAUCUCAUUCUUAUGCAAACUCCAGAGAAACCCAAAAAAAGAGCCUGA